AUGGCGGAGGAUUCUCGGUCCGAGAUUGAAUUAAUCCGUUGGCCUGGACGUGACUUCCAUGGCCUCUUCUUUGCCUCAGUUCAAGUGACGAGUACCGAAAGGUUCAUUCCUUUUCUGGUUUCCGAGAGCUUUGCCAAUUCUUUCCUGCACCGUGGACUGUCCUUGCUUCUUCCUGGGGCCUUCGGCUUGGCCGAACUGACGGAGGCCUCGGUAGGAGUCGAACAACCUCUUGGCAUUGGUGGAGUCUUGACGGACAGAGACUGGGAGAACGUAGCUUCAGAGCUCACGACAACCGGCCAGACAAGCAACGGACCGGUCUUCGAUUGA